AGCCAUACAUGUGCCUGGAGCCAGGAGCAUUAAGACUAGACCACAGCUCCAUCUGGGUAUUUUCAUCCAUAUCGGACAAACCAUUUAGAAAUUAUAAAUUUCAGGGUAUCAAAAGUAUUUAGGCAAGUGGCUCCACAGCUGUUUCUUAUUAGGCAGGUGCUCUUUUCAUAAUUUGUACAAGAGAACUCUCAAUAUCUAUUCUUGAUUCUUGGGUUUGUGUUUGCAUUUGGAGUUGUUUGCUGGUUUCUGACUACCAGACCAAAGAAGUGUCAAUGUAAGUGAAGGUUUCCAUCAUGAGGCAGAUCACAAGAGCAUGUAGAAUUCUGAAACAAAGUCAAUUUAACUGGUGAAGAUGAAGAUUAUCUGUUGCAAGACCAGGGUUAAAAAGUGUGAGGAAGCAGCAGCAGGAGGAAUUUGAAAUUGUACAGAAACAUUUGGUUUGCUCAGAUACAACCUAAUACCUCCAAACACAUUGGACAACAUCACAGCAUCAUGCACCCUCACAAACAAGCCAAUGAAAUGUUUCUGCCAAGGGAGGAAUUUAGCGACCCAUGUGACCAAGUACAAAGGUCAGUGUUUAUUACAGACUGUUGGUCUGAGUCAGUGGAUGGACGACACUUUUGCAGUAUUCAAGUGCAGUUUUAUUAGAUAGUGAUGAAUCCGUGACUAAUCACACACAGACACACAAGUACGAACCAAAACACACACACAAACAAAAACAGAGUCCCCUCACAUUGUGUCCCUUAACCUUUCUUCCACAAACAGCUGGUAUUGCCGCCUGUGUAAAAGCCACUCAUUAAUCCUGGAUCAGAAAACACAAUGGGCCUCGGAGCGGCGGUGGUGUAAGCGGCAGUGUGGCCAGAGAGUGAGCACUUUACCACAGUGCUCAGCCCCAAAGCACCGGCACCGGGCAAUGGAAACAAACCGGACGGUACCGCCAGCCCAUCAUGGCAGACCCUAUGACUGCUGACACUUAGCCGGGGAGAUACAAUACGGACGCUAACCCCAGCAAUCCGAUCUGGCACACAGGGACCAUCCCUGACCCCUGACCCCGGGCCCCAGGUGUUAAAUGAACGUCGCGGCACGUCUGGAAUGGGAUGACUAAGACCGACUCCCUCCAGUGACCAAAGAGCCGUUCCGCAGAGAGGGAGAUGGCAGACGCCACGUCGACUCACACAGACACCAUGGACUUGCUGCAGGAUUCUCGGUGGACCAUGCGAGGCCUUAACGGCCGUCUGAAGGGAUUCCUGGAUAAGGUGAAUAUGCUGCAGGAGGCCAACCAGCGUCUUGAAGGCCAUAUAGCAAACUGGGCUCUAAGGAACACACCACACCCACAGGAGAGGACUGUGGAUGAACUCCGUGCAAAGAUUCGUAAACUGCUGGUGGAGAAUGCAGAGCUGGCGCUGCAGUCAGACCACAUGAAGUCCAUGGCUUCUACAAUCCAGGCCAGGUGUGAGGUGCAGGAGAGGCAGACCAUGCAUCUGGAACAGCAAGUUGCUGCACUGAGGGAGAAAAAGAGGAAGGCGGAGCAUAUCAACAUGCAACUGGAGGGGGACCUUCAGUUCACUGUGACGGAGCUACAGGACAUGCACCAGGACUAUGAGGCAGCCCGGGCUCUGCAGCAACAGCGGGCCGACUCCGGUGAUGCGCUGCUAGUAACGGCCACGGCGGGGGAGGAGGAUGGCACAGCGAUGGAGCUCUCCCAGCUCCUCGACCAAAUCAGGACGCAGUGCGACCGCCUCAGCCUCAGCGGCCCGUGUCAGUCCCCGGGCGACGGACGCUCGGGCCCGUACGCCGGUCCAAAUCAAUCCCCGGGCGCCGCCGCCGGGUCCGGACGAUUCGGAGCUGCACUCGGACCCCAGGCCCGCGGAGGGUCUCUCCCGCAGCUUAAUGCCGAGGAGGCAGCAUGGGCCCAGGUGAACAUCGGCGGGGCGGCCUUGAGGGAGGCGCGGGCGGAGCUGGCCGAGGCCAGGAAGCAGUGGCGUUGCCUGCAGGUGGAGAUCGAGUCCCUUCAUGCCCUGGAGAAAGGUCUGGAGAGUUCCCUCCACCACACGCAGCAGCAGUACUCCAGCCAGCUCCACGACCUGUCGAAGGUCGUCCAGGGCCUGGAGGGCGAGCUGCAGGAGGUCAGGCAUGGCCUGGCCACGCAGAGGGAGCGCCACGGACAGCUUCUCAACACCAAGAUGAGGCUGGAGCGAGAGAUCGCCACCUACAGGCGCCUGCUGGAGCGCGAGGAGGGCAGGUACCCUGGCGGGAGUAGCAGACUGGGGCUUCGACCCUGGAGGGGCUCCAUAGGAGAAACAUUACCCGCGGGGCCAGUGCCAAAGGAGAAUGGAGUGGAGGAGGACAGUCUCACCGAGCUCGCCGUGACCCCAGAGGAAACGCUGUCCGAACCCCUGCCUGAGAGACCCUAUUCCGGCUUUAAGAAUGGGCCAAAGAAAAGCCCCGGCCUGGUGCUUCGGAGGCAACAGAGCCUGGUCGUUUCAACAGAGCAAGAGCGAGACAGUCUGAGGAUCUCCACAGUAAAGACCCAGGAGGUCCUGCAGGGCAACGUGGUGAGGGAGAGCGCAGAGGUCACUGGCACCGUGGAGACUGACAGAAUCGACAAGGUGAUUAAGCAGUGGGAGGGCUCCUUCUUCAAGGGGAAUCCCAAGCUGCGUAAGAAGUCGGUGUCGCUGCGCUUCGACCUGCACAUGGAGGCAGCGGAGGAGGGCAGUGCCCUGGCCAAGCAGGACAACCUGCCGGACGUGGAGGUCCGCCUGGUGAUGAAGAGGUCCCGCAGCAUCCCUACCAUCGCCCAGUGACCCGGCCAGUCGUCCCGGCCACCUUUGACGGUGGGGGGGGGGGGGCAACCGCGGCAAUGGAUUCCGAGUUGUCGAGCCAGCGCGUGCCCCAUCACUGACCCGUGAUAUCAUGGCGGUAUAGUCCUCCCCUACGUUUGACUGUGACGUCGCCAUGAGAACCGCAUUGCAUUGCCCAGAGUGGCGUUUCUGUUAUAACCCAUCAUCAGCACUGUGACAUCAGCAACACUUUGGCAACCUUUGUGACAACAUCACUUUCACACGUCAAAAGCAUCCUUGCAAUGUCUAAUAAAUCACAGAGGGGGGGCGGGUUGUAAUUCAGAAAAACAGAGAAUGGAAUUCCUUCUAGGAAAUAAAAUUGCAUUUCUGUAAAGUAGAAGGCAACAGGUGACGACAUGCCACGGUACAAAAGGUUCACACUGUGGCAAAUCGUACAUCGUACCAGUAUAAAUCUCGGUGGUCACCACAUUUAACGACUGUAUAAUCCAACCAUACUUUAAUAACAACUAACCCUUUAUACGGGUGGUGGGAAAUAUGAACAGGGGAAAAGGAUGAGCUAUGAUAGAGUUGAAUGUGGCAUAAUACUGUGAACAUUCAAAGGGACGUUGUUUUCUUGUCAAUUUGCUGUGUGUACACACUAAUGGACUUGCUAUGCAGUUGUCAAUGAACCUAGCCGUAAAGGAUUGCCUCUGGCUGAAACCUGUACUAUUUGCUUUUUCUUACACUGUAUACAUGAUCUAUAGAUGGAGAAUAUGGCCAAAACAAAGGCAACUAAAAUUGAGAUGUACAUUAUGAAAUCCAAUUGACAUCCCCCAAACUGCUUACUGUGACCCAAACAGCAGUGAGCUUGGCUUCCGAUCUUACCGUCCCUCUUACAUCUGAGAGAUAUAACGUCAUUUAGUCAGAAGGGGGCGGUAUUUGUAAAUAUAUUGAAUGCUUAGGGAUUGUGGUGUCUUAUACAUUAUAUAUGAUGAAAUAUUAUACAAAUAAUAUAUUAGAUUUUUUGCUAUGUUUUUGAGUUGGCGCCAAAGAUUUGAAAAGGAAAUAAAAACAUGUGCAUUGCAGUUGGGUGCCUCUUAUGUAAAAAAAAAAAAGUUUUGGAAGAAAAAAAUCUAUGCAGUUCUUCAUGCGCUUGAUUAGCUCUGCUUUGUGGAGUAACUGGAAAUAGAUUUUAGAGCUCUUUAACUUUAGAAAGAAGCGUCAUGCUUUGAUCUAACAAUUUCUUCAUUUAAAUAAAAAGAUCACAAAUGCU